UCCCUCGCACCCAUGCGCAUCUAAUUCCGUACCGCGCAAGUAAGUCGCUGACAACAAACAAAGAUCGACAGCACUGCUGGCAUCAGCAGCUCGACUAGUACCGUUCUGCACAGUGCCAAUAGGUUACUCCCACCAAAGGCGAGAACAAACGAUACAGAAUAACAUAAAUAUUGGCUGUAGGAACACACAUUGGAUUUCUGUCGGUGUUGGCUACAGCAGAGUUGGAGGCCUAGCGUUCUGCAGAACUAGUGAAAUGCAGGCGCAAACGCAUCAUCAAAUACCAGGAGCCACGGUGAUAUUGAAAUUGGAAGACAACGUUGCGUCUGCCGGUUUAUUAGAAUUGGCUCACAGAGAAUAUCAAGCUGGCGAUUAUGAAAGUUCUGAAAGACACUGCAUGCAACUUUGGCGUCAAGAACCAAAUAACACUGGAGUUUUACUACUUUUAUCAUCUAUACAUUUUCAAUGUAGACGAUUAGACAAGUCUGCUCAAUUUUCAUCAUUGGCCAUUAAACAUAAUCCACUUCUUGCUGAGGCUUACAGUAAUUUGGGAAAUGUUUUCAAGGAACGAGGUCAACUUCAGGAUGCUUUAGAUAAUUAUCGCCAUGCUGUACGUUUGAAACCAGAUUUUAUUGAUGGCUACAUAAAUCUUGCUGCUGCUUUAGUGGCUGCAGGAGAUAUGGAACAAGCGGUUCAAGCAUAUGUCACAGCAUUGCAGUAUAACCCUGAACUCUAUUGUGUUAGAAGUGACCUUGGAAACUUAUUAAAAGCUUUGGGAAGAUUAGAUGAAGCAAAGUCAUGCUAUUUGAAAGCUAUUGAAACAAGACCUGACUUUGCUGUAGCUUGGAGUAAUCUUGGUUGUGUAUUUAAUUCAUUAAAUGAAAUAUGGCUUGCUAUUCAUCAUUUUGAAAAAGCUGUUGCAUUGGACCCAAAUUUUUUAGAUGCUUAUAUCAAUCUUGGGAAUGUUUUGAAAGAAUCUCGUAUUUUUGACCGAUCUGUAUCAGCGUAUCUUCGAGCAUUGGCAUUGAGCCCAAAUAAUGCAGUGGUACAUGGAAAUUUGGCUUGUGUUUACUAUGAACAAGGACUUAUUGACUUGGCUAUUGAUACAUACCGCCGUGCUAUUGAGUUACAACCCAAUUUCCCCGAUGCAUAUUGCAAUUUGGCUAAUGCUCUAAAAGAAAAAGGACAGGUAUCUGAUGCGGAAGAAUGUUACAACACAGCUUUGAAAUUAUGUCCAACUCAUGCAGAUUCAUUAAACAAUUUGGCCAAUAUAAAAAGAGAACAAGGUUAUAUAGAAGAAGCAACCAAACUUUACUUGAAGGCUUUAGAGGUAUUCCCAGAAUUUGCUGCUGCUCACUCCAACUUAGCUUCUGUUCUUCAACAACAGGGAAAAUUAACAGAAGCAUUGAACCACUAUCAAGAGGCCAUCCGUAUUCAACCUACAUUUGCAGAUGCAUAUUCAAACAUGGGAAAUACUCUCAAAGAAAUGCAAGAUGUUCAAAAUGCUUUACAAUGUUACUCUAGAGCCAUUCAAAUAAAUCCAGCUUUUGCUGAUGCACAUAGUAAUUUAGCAUCUAUUCACAAAGAUUCUGGAAAUAUACCUGAAGCUAUAGCUUCUUAUAGAACUGCAUUGCGAUUGAAACCUGAUUUUCCAGAUGCAUACUGCAAUUUAGCUCAUUGCUUACAAAUUGUUUGUGAUUGGACUGAUUAUGAAGCUCGAAUGAAGAAAUUAGUUAACAUUGUGGCUGAACAAUUGGAAAAAAAUCGUUUACCUUCUGUACAUCCUCAUCAUUCUAUGUUGUAUCCACUAUCACACUCAUUUCGUAAAGCAAUUGCUGGACGACAUGCUGCUUUGUGUUUGGAAAAAAUUCAAGUUUUGCAUAAGCCAUCAUAUAAAUAUGUGAAAGAAUUAGCGCCUGGAAACAGAUUACGUAUUGGUUAUGUGUCUUCAGAUUUUGGUAAUCAUCCAACAUCACACUUGAUGCAAUCAAUACCUGGACUUCAUAAUAGAGAUACAGUAGAAAUAUUUUGCUAUGCCUUAUCACCAGAUGAUAACACUACUUUCAGAUCAAAAAUUGCUAGAGAAUCUGAGCAUUUUAUUGACCUUUCCCAUAUUCCAUGUAAUGGUAAAGCAGCUGAUAAAAUUAAUAGUGAUGGUAUUCAUAUUUUAGUAAAUAUGAAUGGUUACACUAAAGGAGCAAGAAAUGAAAUAUUUGCUUUACGUCCAGCUCCUAUACAGGUUAUGUGGCUUGGUUAUCCAGGUACAAGUGGUGCCCCAUUUAUGGAUUAUAUAAUUACCGAUAUUGUAACCUCACCUGUGGAAUUAGCAUCUCAAUAUAGUGAAAAAUUAGCUUACAUGCCCCACACUUAUUUUAUUGGUGAUCACAGGCAAAUGUUUCCACAUCUUUGUGAACGUUUAAUAUUAUCUGAUAAAACUGGCUCUAAAAAAGAUGUUGCUGAUAAUGUUGCUGUUAUAAAUGCUACUGAUCUAUCACCAAUUAUAGAAAAUACUAAUAUCAAGGAAAUUAAACAAGUUAUUGUGUCUGAAAUAGCUGACUCAAAAUUAACUAGGCCAGUUGAAGUAAAUCUCAAAGUAGCUGAACUUCCAACAACUACUCCUAUUGAGACUAUGAUUGCUUCUGGACAAAUCCAAACAUCUGUUAAUGGAGUUGUUGUACAAAAUGGUUUAGCAACAAAUCAAACAAAUAAUAAAGCAGCUACUGGUGAAGAAGUUCCACAAAACAUUGUUAUUACUACACGUCAACAAUAUGGUCUGCCGGAAGAUGCAGUAGUGUAUUGCAAUUUUAACCAAUUGUAUAAAAUUGAUCCAAGCACAUUACAAAUGUGGGUUAAUAUUUUAAAAGCUGUUCCAAACUCUGUACUUUGGUUACUCCGUUUUCCAGCUGUUGGAGAAACACAUAUUCAUAGUACAGCAACUAAUUUAGGAAUUGGACCUGGCCGCAUACUUUUUAGUAAUGUAGCUGCCAAGGAAGAACAUGUUCGUCGAGGUCAGUUGGCAGAUGUAUGUUUAGAUACUCCUCUUUGUAAUGGCCACACAACCAGCAUGGAUGUUUUAUGGACAGGCACACCUGUUGUAACUUUACCCGGGGAAACUUUAGCAUCUAGAGUAGCAGCUUCACAAUUAGCAACACUUGGAUGUCCAGAAUUAAUAGCACGAACUAAAGAAGAAUACCAAGAUAUUGCCAUAAGAUUAGGAACUGAUAAAGAAUACUUAAAAACCAUGAGAGCUGAAGUUUGGAGAGCUCGCUCUGAAAGUCCUUUGUUUAAUUGUUCCAUAUAUGCUAAUGGAUUAGAAAGAUUAUACAGAGCUAUGUGGGAUAAACAUGAUAAAGGUGAAAAACCUGAUCACAUCCUAUCACUUGAAAAUUAUUAAUAUUCCUGUAUGAUAAAAAAUGUAUGGAACAUUAUAGGAUGGCUAAAUGGAUUGUUAAUUGUGUUGAUUUAAUUUUGUUGCAAUAACAAAAUUAAGAAGUUUUCCUAAAUGUUGUUGUAGUUAAUAAAUUGAAUCACCUAUACAAAAAAAAUAGUUAAUAUGAGUUUUUUGUACAAAAAGAAAAAAAAUGUAUGGAAAAAUGGCAGUUUUCUUUUUUUUUUAUGAAUUUGUUUUGUGUAAAUAGUAAAGAUAAAUCAAACUUUACAUUAAUAAUGAAUAUAUCUUGAUGAUACCACAUCUGACUAUUUUGUAUGAAUUAAAGCUAUUUUUUAUUAUUAUUGAUGAUAAAUUGUUUAAGUCAUUGAAGUCUGACUCUUACAAAAUAAUGUAUUACAUAUUAUAUAAGGUCUUAAUUAUAA